AAUCUUUAAAUAUCUCUCUGUCUGACGACUGACAAGUUUCCUGUCUGGAAGUCUUUCGUGUACUUGUCUUUUACAGAACUGUACAGCUUUGGAUGGAGAACAUAUCUGUGCUGUCUCCUCUCAGACAGCCCAUCGUGUUCGAGCUGGAGGGCUUCUACAUCCCACCCGGCCAAGGACCUUUCCUGUUCUUCCUGGCUCUGUUCACCUACGUCGUGGUUCUGUUGGGGAAUGGCAUUGUUAUGCUUGUCAUCAUCAUGGACAAGAGCCUGCACAGACCCAUGUUUGUGAUGGUCUGCCACCUGGUGGUCUGUGAUCUCCUGGGGGCCACAGCAGUGCUGCCUCGCCUCAUGAUGCACUUCCUAACGGGGCAGAAGAGGAUCGGCUACGGCCCGGCCAUCGCCCAGGCCUUCUCUGUGCACACGUAUGGUGCAGCUGUGCAGACAAUCCUGGCCGCGAUGGCCUACGACAGGUACAUCGCCGUCUGUGAACCACUCAGGUAUCAUGCCAUCAUGACCUCAGCUCGGCUGCACUCCUGCUGUGCCCUGGCCUGGCUCGUGGCUCUGAUUCUCAUUGUCGUCCUCUUCAGCUUCCAUACAAAUGUUGCACUGUGCGGCCAAACCAUCCAACACGUCUACUGCAGCAACCGAGUGAUUUUGAACCUGGCCUGCAGGCCCACACCCAUCAAUAAUAUCUAUGGUCUGUGUAUGACCUGGUGUCUGAGCACAGGGAUGUUCCUCAUCAUCGCCUUUUCCUACAUCCGAAUCCUGAGUGCUUCUCUCAGACAAGGGCGAACCGAUAGCAGCAUCCGGAGCAAGGCCCUUCAGACCUGUGCAUCUCACCUUGUUGUGUAUGUGCUGUAUGAAAUAGCUUCUCUCACCAUAAUCGUGAGCCACAGGUUCCCCUCAGCAUCGCAGAACAUCAAGAAGUUCUUCAGCAUUCUCCUCAUCAUCAUUCCACCGGCCCUCAACCCCAUUAUCUAUGGACUGGUCAGUAAAGACUUGCGUGCCGGCAUCCUGAAGCUCUUUAAAACACGAGUCCAUCACAAACACUGACACACUUGUAUGAUUCUCUAGAUGAAAAGGCUGUUGAUGUAGGGCAAUAAAUAGUGAGAAUGUCACUUUAGAUGUUGUAAAUGUUAAUACACAUUCUAAACUAGAAUCAGUUCAGGAAAUGAUUCAAUAUGAGCUGGUUGUGUGUGAUUCAC